UGACGUCACGACCUUUUAGUCGUCGAUUGGUACGUCACGUUGCGGCAUCUGUAAUUCCAAAAAAAUAAAAACAGUUUGUUGAAAUGGAGUCUGACGUAGGCUUCUCAAGCUAACGGACAGAUAUGAUGUAAUUUCUUUAGCGUUUGUGUCUUUUUUCCCGGUGCUGCAGUCAGUCGGUCACGGUGCGCGCGGAGGAAGUCAGAAGAACAGCAGCAUGACAUGUGCAAGUGACGACGAACAGGCAACUAGCGAUAUAUAGCGUGCUUUGAAACUGUCGGUGACGCACGCGAACGGGUAAAUAACAGUCCAUUCGGAGCGGAGACUCGUUGAAGACGCUAGCGAGCGGCACGGAUGGCUUUAUGGGAGGGAAAGGAUUCGCUGUCGAUGGGGGUAAUGGGAUCUGUGCGGUUAUAUGCAGCCCGUCGGUAGGGCAGAGCAAAAACAUACUGCAACUGAAAGCACCGGGAUCUCUCUCCAUCUGCACAUUAUAAUAUAACCGCCGGAUAUUUAGGCGUUUGCGUCGCUGUGUUCGGGCUUUCAGGUGGGAUCUCACACGUCGGGCUGCAGAUGGGCUUUAAUAUCGGUCAAAUGAAGUAAUUUGAAGCCCAUACUUCAGUCCCCGUGUGCAGUCUUGAGCGUGUGAUGAUAGGAGACACAAUGACGCUUUUGUCUCUUUUGGGUCGCAUCAUGCGUUAUUUCUUGCUCAGGCCAGAGACCUUGUUUCUGUUGUGUAUAAGCUUGGCCCUUUGGAGUUACUUCUUCCACACGGACGAGGUGAAAACCAUCGUUAAGUCCAGCCGGGAUGCCGUGAAGAUGGUGAAGGGGAAAGUGGCGGAGAUGAUGAUGAACGACAGGCUCGGUGGUCUGGAUGUGCUGGACGCGGAGUUCUCCAAGACGUGGGAGUUCAAGAACAACAAUGUCGCGGUGUACUCGAUCCAGGGCCGAAGAGAUCACAUGGAGGACCGCUUCGAGGUCCUCACCGACCUGGUCAACAGGAGCCACCCUUCAAUCUUUGCCAUUUUUGACGGACACGGCGGGGAGGUAAGAAGUUGGUGUGCUCAUCUGCAUGUGUUCCUCUGGUCCGUCUCUCAGGCGGCUGCUGAUUAUGUGAAGGCCCACCUGCCCGAGUCUCUGAAACAGCAGCUGCAGGCCUACGAGCGGGAGAAGAAAGACAGCUCUCUCUCCCAUCCCUCCAUCCUAGAGCAGCGCAUUCUGGCUGUGGACCGGGACAUGGUGGAAAAGUUCUCUGCCUCUCAUGAUGAAGCAGGCACAACAUGUUUGGUGGCCUUGUUGUCAGACCGUGAACUGACUGUGGCAAAUGUUGGAGACUCACGCGGCGUUCUCUGCGACAAGGACGGCAACGCUGUGGCCUUGUCACAUGAUCACAAGCCUUACCAGCUGAAGGAGCGCAAGAGGAUCAAGAGAGCUGGUGGCUUCAUCAGUUUCAACGGUUCUUGGCGUGUGCAAGGCAUCCUGGCCAUGUCGCGCUCGCUCGGUGACUACCCUCUGAAGAACUUGAAUGUGGUCAUCCCAGACCCAGAUAUCUUGACCUUUGACCUGGACAAGCUCCAGCCAGAGUUCAUGAUCCUCGCCUCGGACGGCCUGUGGGACGCGUUCAGCAACGAGGAGGCCGUGCGCUUCGUGCGGGAACGCUUGGACGAGCCGCACUUCGGCGCCAAGAGCAUCGUCCUGCAGUCGUUCUACCGCGGCUGCCCCGACAACAUCACCGUCAUGGUGGUGAAGUUCAAGAGCAGCUCUGGGACAAAAACUGGAGAGUAGUUUUACUCCACCAAUAAACAGCCUUGAUUGUCUAUCCAUUAUUGCAUAUCGCUAGAUGGUGUAAUGUAAGAGACAAACCUUUUUUCUCACAAUUACAAUAAACUGGCACGCAUAAGCAUGUGCAAACACAUGCAUUCCCAGUUUUCUUUUAUUCUUUUAGUCUGUGUGCCAAAUGGACACUUUAAAAAAUGAUUUGACACUGUAAAGAUGACGAAUCCUGGCCUUCCUUAUAUAGAGCAAUAUUUGUGAAACAGCAAUUGGCAUAAAUGGCAGAAGGACGUCUAUUGCCUUGAAAAUGCACUCGUAGUAUUUUGUUCAGAAGAACAGAUCAGAGCUUUAUAUUUUUGCUCUUGUUUGUUUUUUUUUCUCCCCCCUUGCUUUUAUGAGUUCAGCUUUUGAAUUUGGAUGUGCAUGAUCCAUUCAUAUAAGUGCAGGGCAUUUAUGCCGAUUUACACUGGUGCUGCUCAUCGGUUAGUUUAAGUGAGGGUGGUAUGAGUUUGUGUUAGAUUAAGAAUGUUAAUCUUUGAUUAAACUUCAUAAUUGGUCUGUGUCCCAAUCAUUAUUGUGAGAAGGAAGAUUUUUCCAGUCAUUCCUGCUCUUUUAAGUCACUGUUUUAAUGGUCAUGUGAAACCAAAUGUGGCCGGAUUGAAGACGGUAUGUUAUGUUAUUGAUUUGUUGAAUUAAUUCUGGCGUACAGUCCUCCCAGUUUCCUCCUAGUUUCCGGGGAUUGGCACCAGGCCUGAUCUACACAAACGUUGAAUUUCUUGCACUGUGUGAAAUGUAUGUGGGAGAUUAAAGCGAUAAAUAAACUUAACAAGUCAAAGCUCAAA